AUGAUUUUUUCAUUGGAUGAAGAACUUCAUCGUAUGUCAGUUGAUGACAAAAAAAAUGACGUCAAAGCAGAUUAUGCGACAGUAUUAUAUGAUGAUAUCAAUCAUGAACAAGAUAGCGCUAUCACAUAUGAAGAAAAGAAUAUGAUUCACCUCUCUGUUCAUUCGAAUGACAUUCCACUCACUGGAACAAUCCCUGCACAUGGGAUGAGAAGAAGGUCUUCAGCUUAUUCCAAAUUUCCUAUUCUCACCCCGCCUAAUACGAGAAGAUUUUCCAUUACAGGUUCGGACUUCAUUCCAACUGGUAUGACUAGACUAUCCAUAACACCUCAGGAUAUGAUUUCCUCUAAUAAGAAAGAAAAUGAAUUGUCAAGAAAUCUGCAUGAUUUUAAACCCGUGAGAGUCUUAGGCCAAGGCGCCUAUGGAAAAGUUCUUCUCGUUAAAGACACUAACACUUCCAAACUUUAUGCUAUGAAGCAGUUGCAAAAGGCGGAAAUCUUAAUUUCUCCUACUGCGACAGAAUCUAAGAAAGAGGAUGAAGAAAACAAUAGUUGUGAUAACAACGACAAUGAUAAUGGUCUUUCAAAGAGGUUAGAGAGAACAUUUGCCGAACGGUCCAUUUUAUCCGAGAUAGAACAUCCAAAUAUUGUCAAAUUGUUUUAUUCUUUCCAUGAUAACUCAAAGCUAUAUCUACUGCUGCAGUAUAUCCCUGGUGGCGAACUAUUUUACCAUUUAAAGGAACAUGGGACACUAGAUGAGACGACGGUUUCAUUUUACGCAGCUGAAAUCAGCUGCGCUUUGAGAUUUUUGCAUACGAAGGGUGUUGUAUAUAGAGAUUUGAAACCUGAAAACUGUCUAUUGAAUCAACGCGGCCAUUUGGUAUUAACAGAUUUUGGCCUGAGUAAAAAAAGUGCCAAUGAUUCCGUGGUUGAUGAGGAGGAUCCAGAGAAUGUUAAUGCCUUAUACUCGAUUAUUGGUACCCCAGAAUACUGUGCGCCUGAAAUAUUAUUAGGCAGAGCAUACACCCAGAAUUGUGAUUGGUAUUCCCUGGGAUGUUUGCUAUAUGAUAUGCUAGUAGGUAAGCCACCUUAUACUGGUAGUAAUCAUAAGGUUAUAAUCAAUAAGAUUCAACAGAACAAGCAAGGCCCUAAGAUUCCAUUCUACUUGAGCGAGGGAAUGAAGGAUAUAUUAAACGCACUUUUGAAGAGGGAAACUUCCAAGAGAUGGAAUGUUGACAAAUAUUGGACCAAAACGGGAAUAAAUAACAAACCUAUCAAAUCUAAGAAAAAAAAAUCAGGUGGUGUAAGAACUAGUUUAUUCACAGAACAUUUUAUUUUUAGGAAAAUAGAUUGGAAGUUACUAGAAUCUGGACAAUUACAAAAAACCACUUUAGGCCCUAUUGUUCCAGUUAUUACAGAUUUGGAACUAGCAGAAAAUUUUGACACAGAAUUUACGUCCAUGUCAUAUGAGGAGAAUUAUGCUGAUAGCAAACCCAUUAAUAUCAGUUCUGUGAGCAAGUCCCCGGACAUGUUCAAGGGAUUUAGUUAUAAAGCAAGUGGUAGCUAUUUGGAAAAGUAUUUUUAA